AUGAGGUACUAUAGGGAAGAGCUCACAGUCCAGGCAAAUGAUGAGAUAGCUAGUUCAAUCUCUACUUUCUUCUUAUUCCUAUGUUUACAGCGCGGCCUCUGCUGCUUCCCCGGCUUGGGCACGGUUGGAGCUCGCGGCACUAAUGGCCGCGGCGAGGAAGCCUUGCUGCUUGAGAGACAGGGCCGGGCCUCGCAGCAAACCCGUUCAUCCAGCCUUCCGCCCCCGCCGUCUGCCCUGCCGCGUCCACCAAGGAAACCCUCGGCCAGGACCACGAGAUACGACCGCUUGGAACACACGAACAACAGGAAGGACUCUGACGGCUCGGGCUCAAUAGCUUCCACGGCCUCUCGCAGCUCACCACUUCCCUACGACACCGUGCGCAAGCUCCCCUCCGUGCCGACGUCGGCCUCGCUGCCCGCGGCCGAGUCCCGCGAGUCCCUCGUGCGGCCCCGGGAUUCGAGUCUGCCGUCGCCUUCGAAGCUCGCGGUGUACGCGGCGGCGCGGCGCCGCUCCGCGGAGUCAGCGAAGGAUAACAAACGGACGCAUCAUUAUCGAAUUCAGUUCUAGUCAUUGAGUACCUAACUUAUGUGUCUUUUAAUAACGUCUUGGGUAGUCUCUUUUGUUUUUGACGAAAGCACACUAGUUGAACCUAAUUUCUGGUUGUGAAUUUUAUCGGCAUUUAGUGCUCCUGACAUAAUAUUACCGUCCAUAAUACUUUCUUAUCUUCUGCCAUGUUUCCGAGUCGAACUGGGCCCCUGGAAUGUAAAAAAAAACAUACUUAUAAUUAUAACCUAAAGACGCAUAUGUUGCGCGCGCGUAGCACAAUUUUUCUUUUAUAGUCGAAAUUAUGCUAGCUCCAAAACUUUUGGUUAUGGCUUAUGGCACAGCGUCACAUAGAAAGGGUUUCAUAAUGACUUGGGACAAACGCGCCUAUACCUUUGUCCGUACCUACAUAUAUAAUACUCAAAACUUGCACAUUGCAUAAGUUACGGGGAAGAUACUCGCAAGUUUUGACUUUGUUGGUUACGUUUACAUAUAUGUGUUUAAUUGAAGUCAAUUAAACUAAAACUGCUUUAAAUGUAGUCAUGUCAAACGAAAACGUCACAAGAAAUAUAUGAGAUAAUUCAUAAUUAAUUUCUAUGUUUUAAAGAAAAUGUUUAAAUAAGAUAUGAAUUUUAAAUAUAAUUUCGUGUGUCGUGGGUCUACCACUUAACCGCGGCAUUUAGUAGAGUAUUUAGCUGUGGAGUGUUUUUUUAGUAAAAAGGUUGAUUAGGUCAUCAAAUGCCACAGUUAAAUGGAAGACAAUUGUUGUAGCGAUGUGAGUAUAAUAUGUUAUUAACUUGCAUUUAGUGUGCCACCUAUUGUUUCGUAUAUCGCCCUUUAACGGCUCAAAGUAACUGUAUGGACCUACCUAGUUGUGAACUUAUUUUUACUCAUUUAAGUUAGUUUCAGUCACUAUAUUAAGUAUAAACGGAGCCGUAUAAAGAUUUGUGUGAUUAAUUAAUUGUAAGCGAGAAAAACACGAAGUAAUGUAGAAACACUAGAAACUGUAGUGUGUGUAUAAAAACUUUUCAUCGAGUGUACCUUAACGUUAGGUGACCCAACAACUUAGGUCAAUCGUUCUACUUAAUCAGGUAUUUUUAAAUUAAAUAACGUGACAUGACGAGAGAAAGAACGACAAUAACGAGUUAUUGUGUCAGAUUAUAAAAUUAUCAUUUGAUUAAGUUUCAGUUCCUGACAAAGUCCUGUUAUGAUGUUCUCAGGAAGUCGAAAGUGUGAUGUCACCGCACCAUCCUCAUUAAUUAAUUUGGCAGAUAAGAAAAUGGCUCAUUCACACGUUAACCGUCCAUAAUUUAUUUGCAUGACGACCAUAAUUCUGAUAUGAUUUGAUCAAUCACUAUAUAACUGUACUUUUGAUUGAGGUUCGUCAUCUUAUCGCCAAUAACUGAAUCAAACUCGUGUACGAGCCAUAUCAAAACUCGGUAAAUAAUCGUUGCAUCUAUUUCGGUUGGAAAUUGCUUGUAUCACGGUAAUAUCGAGUUUGGGAGAAGUCCGAGCUGAAAACGAUUUGAAGAAUCAACGGGGUUUACGCCAAACAAAUGUCAAUCAUAUUACGUAAGUACUUAUGCUUUAUUAACUCAUUCAUUGCAUUCGAAGUACCUAUAUACUGAAGCGCGAAGUGAUACGAACAGUUUUCUCUACAUAUUGAGUUGAUUGCUAGGUAUUACGGCGUACGAAUUGCUAUGAACGCAACCACGCAGUGAAUGAGUUGAAAUAGCUUAUUAUAUAACUACGAGUAUGUAAUUGUUAAAGUCUGAGUUUGAAAUAUGCUGAUUUGCUGGUUUACGCAGCAAAUUGCAUCCUUUUAACGAGGACUAAUGCGUUUAAUUUCACCGCUAGGGGCGCUAGUGUAGACGGAGGUCUUCCAAAAUGUCAAAUACAUAGUACUUUUGGGGGUUACAAGCUUUUUUAUCGUGAAUUUUUACUCCUUAUUCAUAAUUGUGGUAUUUU